ACGCCUUACGUAGAAGACACACACCCUUCGUGGACCGCUGCUUGCAGGCUUUUCCGGCUACCUUUCCUUCCGCGUUGAAGAUGGCGGCUGCUGCGGGAAGGUUGCUCUGGUCCUCGGUUGCUCAGCAUGUGAGUGCCAUUUCCAGGGGUAUUUCUACCUCAGCAGUUCUUAGGCCUGUUGCUUCUAGAAGAACCUGCUUGACCGACAUACUGUGGUCUACCUCUGCCCAAGCAAAGUUUGCCUUUAGCACCAGUUCCACAUUUCACACCCCUGCUGUCACACAGCAUGCACCCUAUUUUAAGGGUACAGCUGUUGUCAAUGGAGAGUUCAAAGAGCUGAGUCUCGAAGAUUUUAAAGGGAAAUACUUGGUGCUUUUCUUCUACCCUUUGGAUUUCACAUUUGUGUGUCCUACAGAAAUCGUUGCUUUCAGUGACAAAGCCAAUGAAUUUCAUGAUGUAAACUGUGAAGUGGUUGCAGUUUCAGUGGAUUCCCACUUUAGCCAUCUUGCCUGGAUCAAUACACCAAGGAAGAGUGGUGGUUUGGGCCAUAUGAACAUUACGCUGUUGUCGGAUUUAACUAAGCAAAUAGCCCGAGACUACGGAGUGCUGUUGGAAGGUGCUGGCAUUGCACUCAGAGGCCUCUUCAUUAUUGACCCUAAUGGUGUCAUCAAGCAUCUGAGUGUCAACGACCUCCCAGUGGGCCGCAGCGUGGAAGAAACCCUCCGUUUGGUAAAGGCAUUCCAGUUUGUGGAGACCCAUGGAGAAGUCUGUCCUGCCAACUGGACACCAGAGUCCCCUACGAUCAAGCCAAGUCCAACAGCUUCCAAAGAGUACUUUGAGAAGGUCCAUCAGUAGGUCAUCCCAUGGCUGGUGUUCACCCAAAGCUUCUCAUGCCCGAAAAGAGUCAUAGCUGGAAUCCUUUCAACAACAUCAACAACGUCAACAACGUGAAAAUUAUUUAUAGAUGACAAAACCUCAUCAUGCUUGUUUAUGAGUACUGCUCCAUGGCUUUGUUUUAUAAGACAGGCUCAGGCUCCCUAUAGCUGCCUCCAUAGUUGUCCUUACUAGGGACUUGUUGAUGGCUAACUGGUUCCCACAGAAUGCUUGGUCCCCCAUUUCUUUUUCUUUUCUUCUUUUUUUUUUUUUUUUUUUUUUUUUUUUGUCCCCCUGUUUCUUAGAUCAUGUCUUCAGAGGGUAAGCAUUCUUCUCCUUAGCCUGCUGUGGACAUUGGUCUACAAUGUAGUAGCAUAUAGUACCAGCACUGAAAGCUUCUGAUCAAAGUCUUGAAAUUUCCUCUUGAAUUUCUGUGUAUUAAACUGAAUUUCCCCAUUAUUUUUCUUAUUGUAUUCAUUAACUUAUAGUGUCCUUAAGUAUUGAUGAGGUAUAAUCAUGAAGGACUAUAUCUAACCUGAUAGUUGCAUUUUUAAAACACCAUAAUCAUUUUCUUCAAGUGCUGAAUGUAAAGUGUAGUAUAAAAAUGGACAUUAAAAUAUUUGCAUUUUUGACAUCAUUAA